AUGAUCAGCUUGAUUGGCUUAAACAAUUUCACCUCUUCGAGACUGAAGCUUUUUCUGAUGUAUAUGAAUAAGUACAAUGACAUUUUAAAGCCGAAGAUUGUCACGCCAUUCUCCGUUUUGGCGACGUAUUACCAUCCAGUCAUUCUUGCAAGUCUCUUUUACAAGCUACCAAAAGUCUCUGAAUUGGAAGAAUUUGGAAAACAGAUUGAAAAAAGUGUGUUAGAUUUCUUCGAACACACGAAUUCGCCACCGGAUCAAGUGUUAAAAGACGACCCCUUCAUAUUUAAAAGCAAUAAGUUUGACCAAACAGCAAGGCUGUGGCUGAGAAAUGGGAAAACGUACCAAAGCGCUCACCCCGGUACCCCUUUCAAUCCUAUCAGGAUAUUAAAUACAGUGCACACUGACGUUGCUUUGAUCGACAUGAUUACCGAGGCAGCAAAGGACGAUAAUCUGAAGAGCGUUGCUGAGGUACUGAAACGGGAUCUGUGGUCGAAGUGGACUAAGAAAUGGAAUCAAAACUUUUCUGACUUGGGUACUUCAUCUAACGUAUUAACCAUGGUAGAAAACUAUCGGAUAUGGUUAAAUACGAUCAGAAAAAGCAUGAAAGAGAAAUAUCAUCCUGGAAAUCGCUACUGGGACUAUGAAAGAGAUUUUGAUGAUGGUAUGAUUUUCGACGAAGCGUUGCAUGAUGGCAAAUGUUUUGAGAAUAUUGUCACCACGAUUGAAACGUUCAACAAAAAUCAUCUUGGUGAGCCGUUGGGCGUAUUUAACUGGCUUAUCCGCCUAAAGUGGAAGAUCGUACCCCGCAUUUUGAAGCUGUAA